AUGCAUAUCCUCGUGAUCAACGACGACGGCCCCCCGUCAACGCACUCGUCGCCCUACGUCCACUCCCUCGUCCGCGAGCUCCAAGCCGCAGGGCACACCGUGUCCGUGUGCCUCCCCCACACGCAGCGCUCCUGGAUCGGCAAGGCACACAUGAUCGGCCAGACGCUGAAGCCCACGUACUACCGGCCCCCGCCGGCGUCCUCGCCGCCCGCGGGCCUGGGCCCCGAAGACGACAUCGGCACGACGCACAGCAAGCCGUCCAAGGCGGACGACGUGGAGGAGUGGGUCCUGGUGGACGGCACGCCGGCGAGCUGCGCGCAGAUCGGGCUGCACCACUUCUUCCAGGGCCGGGGCGCCGUCGACCUGGUCGUGUCCGGGCCCAACUACGGCCGCAACACGACGGCCGUCUUCGCGCUGAGCAGCGGCACCCUGGGCGGCGCGCUCGAGGCCGCCGCCUGCGGCUACAGGGCCGUCGCGCUGUCGUACGCCUUCUUCACGCGCAACCACGACCCGGAGAUCGUCGGCGCCGCCAGCCGCCACGCCGUCCGCGUCGUCGAGGCCCUGGCCAGGCAGUGGCCCGCCGACGGGAGCGCCGACGUCUACAGCGUCAACGUGCCCCUCGUCGAGGGCGUCGAGCAGCGCAAGACGGUCUGGGCCGGCAUGCUGCAGAACUACUGGGUCAAGGGCAACAGCGCCUUCGAGGCUGUGGACGCCAUUGACGUCGACGGCGAGGACGAGGAGGAGGAGAAGAUCCGGGAGGGCGCCAAUGGCGAGGCCACGAAACCACGGGUUGAUGCGGGGAGCCACGAUGCGGGUGGGAAGAAGGGCCACGACCACAGACAUUUCAAGUGGGCUCCCAAACUGGCAGACGUCAUGAAGGCUGUCGACAGUGCGCCUGCCGACUGUGAUGGGCGGGUCAUCAGAGACGGCCAUACGAGUGUGACAGCAUUGAAGGCCAACUUCUGGCACGCCGCGGAGAGUCUGCAGGGGCAGGAGCUGAAGUUGGAUGAGCAUGAGGCCACCAGCGCACUCCCCUUGAGGACGGCCGGGACCUUUGGCCCCAACACAGCAGCCAAGGCAGAGGAGACCCAGGUCGCCGCUAGCUCUGGAGAGCAAAUACUCGCAAUCGUCGACUACGAGGAUGCCUACGUCCAGCCGAUCAUCCUCUCGGCCCUACAAACCCUCAUCCCACCCAGCCGGCUACGCCUCCUGUCCCCGGAUCCGUCCCACAACCUGGAGGAGCAGGUCACCAAAGGCGCCAAGGUGCUCCAAAUAAGAGCCUACGAAGCGAUCGACUUCGACCACGCAUCCUCGAACCCGGCGACGUCACUCAUCAACAGCUACGUCAUCCGCAAGGCCCUCAUCAGGAAGCACUUCCUGUCGACGACGGUCGACCACUGGGUCGCCAAGAACCCGACGUCACCACUGCGGGACCACGUCAAAGCCAGCGAGCCGUUCGAGGUCGACUACGCCGAGUUCCUGGACGACGCGCUGGACGAGACAUUCGACCUGCGGGCCAGCCUGGAGCGCAAUGGCGGGGGCGGCGGUGCUGGUGGUGAAGAAGCAGAAGACGGGGCCGUCGUGGAGGCGAAGGACAGGGAGUGGUGGAUCCUCAAGCCGAGCAUGAGCGACCGCGGGCAGGGCAUCCGACUAUUCUCGACCAUGGAGGAGCUCCAGGCGAUUUUUGAUGGGUGGGAGGCCGACGCACCUGAUUCGGAUGAUGAGGACGAAGGCGACGGGGCUGGUGCUGACAGCCACGACGACGGGGACGGCAUCACGACGUCACACCUCCGCCACUUCGUCGCGCAGCCGUACAUCCACCCGCCGCUGCUGAUCCCCGAGUGCGGCAACCGCAAGUUCCACAUCCGCGCGUACGUGCUGUGCGUGGGCGCGCUCAAGGUCUACGUGGGCCGCUCGAUGCUGGCGCUGUUCGCGGGGCGGGCCUACUCGGCGCCCUGGGAAAAGAGCAGCAGUGACGGCAACGAGGAGGAGGGCUACCUCGACGCGCACCUCACCAACACGUGCAUCCAGGGCCCCAAGGCGGACGCAGGCUCGGUGCGGCGCUUCUGGGACGUGCCGGGGCUCCCGGGUACGGCCAAGGACGACAUCUUCACGCAGGUGUGCGCCGUCACGGGCGAGGUGUUCGAGGCGGCGGCCAAGGCCAUGAUGGUGCACUUUCAGCCGCUGCCGUUCGCGUUUGAGGUGUUUGGCCUCGACUUCCUUGUGGACGCCGGCGGGCGCGCCUGGCUGCUCGAGGUCAACGCGUUCCCGGACUUCAAGCAGACUGGAGAUGAGCUGCGGGACGUGGUGGCUGAGUUCUGGGAGGGGGCGGUGAGUAAGGGCGUCGGCCCGUUUGUAGGAGUGGGCAGUGGUAGUAAUGGUAGUGGGAAGGAGGAUGGGAUGGUGCUGGUAAGGGAUGUUGACCUGGGGAGGAGGUGA